UCACCGGAGCGGAAGUGUAGUUUACUAAAUUUUUGCCAAGGAAAUCAAAGCCAGCCCGUACUCGGGAUGGAGUACCGGCCCCUGCUCGGAGGCUUUAGCGCGCACGCCAAGUUCCCCAGCUGGACCUUGUUUCUGGCUGUUUGUGCUGUUGGAAUCGGAGGGACCUUCCAGUAUGGGUAUAAUGUUUCCAUUAUCAAUGCACCCACCCAGCAUAUACACAGGUUCUUAAAUGAAACCUGGACCAGUCGUUAUCACAAGGAACUAAGUCCAGACUUGCUGACUUUUCUUUGGUCUGUCAUUGCUUCUGUAUUUUCACUUGGAGGCCUGUGUGGAGCCUUUAUUGGAGGCAGCAUGGCGAUUCGGCUAGGCAGGAAAGGAGCUCUUUUGAUGAAUAAUAUUGUAGCAAUACUGGCCUCCAUUUUAAUGGGCAUCAGUUUUCCUACAGGAUUGUUUGAGUUACUGAUUGCUGGAAGAUUUUUGAUUGGCAUAAAUUCAGGUAUUGGGAUCUGUGUGCAGCCUCUGUAUAUUGGUGAGGUAGCCCCAAAACAUCUUAGAGGUGGCAUGGCCAUGGGGACUUCCAUCUUUCUGACCGGAGGGAUUCUGACAGGACAAAUAAUUGGUUUGAGGGAAUUCUUAGGUGGAGAAACCUACUGGCCUCUGUUGCUAUCCAGCAGCUGUUUCCCAGCAUUUGCCCAACUUUUAUUCCUCCCGUGGUUUCCUGAAAGUCCCAGAUAUCUUCUUAUUGACAGAGGAGAUGAGCUGAGCUGUGCCAAAGCUUUGAAACGAUUUCAUGGUUCUUCAGAGUAUGGAAAGGAGAUGGAAGACAUCCAGCAGGAGCAUUCUGCCUUAGAUGGGGAGGAACCCAAGAAGCCCUGGCAGUUGUUCUCUGACCGUGGUGUGCGAUGGCAGCUCAUUUCUGUGAUUGUGAUGACUAUGGGCCAACAGCUCAGUGGGAUAAACGCUAUUUACUUCUAUGCGACUUACAUUUUUGAACAAGCUGGGAUCUCAGCUGAAAAAAUCCCGUAUGUGACACUUGGCACUGGAGCUUGUGAGUGCCUCACAGCCCUCACCUGUGGUUUACUGAUAGACUACGUGGGACGAAGAUACCUCAUAAUUGGGGGUUAUCUCCUUAUGACCCUUUGGAGCAUUGUUUUAACCUUCUCUCUGACUUACCAGGAUCUGUACUCGUGGGUGCCUUACGUGAGCAUGGCGUCUAUAUUUGCCUUCAUCUUGAGCUUUGGGCUGGGACCAGGUGGCAUAACAAACACCCUGACAGCUGAGUUAUUUGUACAGUCUUCACGGCCUGCUGCCUACAUGAUAGGAGGGACUAUUAGUUGGAUUAGUUUCUUCACAAUUGGAAUGCUCUUUCCCUUUAUAGUGAAUGGACUGAAACAUUAUUGUUUCCUGGUGUUCUUACUGGAGUGCUCCUUAGUUGCUGCCUUUGUCUUCCUUGUAAUUCCUGAGACCAAAAACAAAUCUUUUCUGGAAAUCAAAAAGGAAUUUCACAAGCUUAAUUUUGGAAGAAACACCAAAAAAAAGGAAACAGAUCUUUCUGAAAGAAGACAACUGUAUGAUGAAUUUAAAAACAAAAAUCUGUGUAAUUUCACAGCUGUAACAAAACUUCAAUGAGAAUGAUGAGCAGCGUCUCCUAAAUCAGCAGUGUAAUACCAUGAGCAAGUAGCUUAUUAAAUCUUCCUGUGUAUUUAGUGGAGGUCUCAUUAAAGGCAAGUUAAUCUUUCUGAAA